AUGAUGUGCGAGGCGCAGCAGCGAAUUCCGGGUAACAAGGGUUUCGCGAGGCGGUUCGAAUACUGCACGCUCGUGCGGCAUUAUUUCGGCGAUCGGUGGUACACGCUCGCGCAAAUCGGAUUCAACGCAGGGCUGCUCGCGUCGAAUAUCGCGUCCAUGAUUGUUACAUCGCAGGUCCUAGACUCGGUGGUGUAUCGACUAGCCGGCACCUCGUAUGGCUUGGACUACGGUCAAUGGCCUCCGACGUUUAUCGAGUCGCUGGCGACGGGGGGCGCGGGAGGGAAUGUGUGUGCAUGGGGGACCACCACCAGCGGUGACUGCAACCGAUCAGUGAUCUCCUUGGGAUUCGUCCUGGCAAUGGCAGUCUGCGUCCCAUUCGCUCGUCUCAACCUAGACGACAACAUGGGCUUCCAGUGGCUCUCUAUGCUCGCCCAGCUGCUCUUCUCCUUUGAGUUCGCCGCCCAGUUUCUCUCCAACCUCUUUCCGGGUUCCCCCAACUACUGCGCCGGGAACGGGCCGGGGAGGACACCCUUUUUGGGCCUCGAUAUAAGCCAGGUGCUCGGGGUGUGUGUGUUUGCAUACUCGUACGUCAGCACCAUCCCCUCGUGGGCCAAUGAGAAGAAGCCAGGUGUCAACGUCAACAGAGCCAUCUGGCUGCCUGCUUCUGUCGGCUGUGCCCUCAACAUCCUACUUGGCCUCCUGGGAGCGUGGGCGUACAAGCUAGUGGACGACGCAGGCCACCCGUUCAAGGGAACAGACAACAUGCUCAACAUGCUGGAUGGGCAGGCUGAUGCCGCCACCGCGUGCGGCCACCCCCAUGUCUCCCCAGCAACAGAGUUUUCAGUGUACAUGUGGGGUUUCUUCGGCUACAUCCCGGGCAUCCCCAUCCUGGCCAUCAUGGUGCGCUACAACCUGCAGGCCUCGGGUCUCUUCUCCGAUUCAGCCGCCUUCUUCUGGGCGGUUGUAGCGCCGUGGCUACUCACUGCAUUCUUCUACCAGGCUCAGGUGCUAGUCCAGUUCUGCAACUGGGUGGCCAUCAUCUGCCAGGGCUUCAUCAAUCUCGUCUGCGAUGACGUGGACUACAGGGUUACUAGUGGCUGUCAGCAUUGCAAUCACCCUCCUCUCCCCGUAGCCUACACCCAGCAUGAUGAUGUGGACAGCAGUGCCUACGUGGCUGCGUGUGGACCCCUGGAAUCCGCCUGUACAAUGACGUGGACUGCAGGGUUACUGGUAGCUGUCAGCAUCGCCAUCACCCUCCUCUCCCCUUAA